UACGUCAUUUUGUUUUGGUGUGCGGUGCCUUUUGCAAAUUGAGUUUGUAGGCUACUAGUUUAUGCUUAAGAUGAAUAAACGUAAAGUCAGUGGAGUGUCCUGGGUGAAACCAUCAGAACCCUCGUUUUUGAAAAAGUUUAAAAAUGAUGUUGGAUACAAAGAAGGACCCAACGUAGAUACAAAGCGUCAGGUGAUGCCGACUCCAGACGAUGACAGCAGUGGCAGUGACCGAGAAGAUGAGCAGCCACAGGUGGUGGUGUUACAAAGCAGAGACCUUUGUGCAGAAGAGGCCAAGAAGAUCAAGGACCAGAUCCAAGGAGGCAAAGACAACGAUGACAAGCCAGCUGAUGGAAAAAUUCUCUUCAAGAAACCAGCCAAACGCUCCUCAUCAGAAAAGUUUCAGGGCAUCACGGCGAGCUCCAGCAAAAAGAAGAAAAAUCUGGAAGAAGGGAAGGAGGCAGACAAGAAGGAAGGCUCUGGUAAAAAGGUCAAAAACAACAGUUUGCUGUCAUUCGGAGGAGAUGACGAUGAAGAGGAAGACUGAGUUUAGCGAAGUCAGAUCAAGGGGACAGGUGACAUCAAAGUCAAUCAUUUUACACCCAGAAGGACACAAUCCUUUAAUGAAACCCUUUUUACAGCAAACAAACUGAUGAUUCUGCGAAAUUCAAACUUUAAAAAUAUACCUUUGUAUGUCUAUAUCAAGUUUUUGUGCAAGUGUGGUAUCUUUUUGUUCAGUUAAUGAAAUAUUGAGAUUGUUUUAUAAAUAACAUAGUUGGCAUAAAGUAAUACGGCAUCUGCAUCAUCACAAUGUUGCCAACUCAAAAUUACACAAUUCUGACUAAAUAGUGUGUAUUUAUUGUGUCGAAUUUAAUACCUUUAAACCUUUAUGAGGUCAUCAAAUCAUAUUGUUUCCUAGUCAAUUUGAAAUUGUUUUGGUGUGUUAAACUUGGUGUAAUGUAUUUGCAAGUCUGCUGAUAAUUUCACAGUAUACUGUACAUUCAGUACUGUAAUGAAUGUAUGACUAUAUUUUGGCUUCGUCAAAGGAGCUGUAAAAUAUGAUGUAGAGACAAUGCAUUCAUGUCAAUGCAGUUUUUAUGUGAGUAUGAUUUGUGUACAUUUUUAUAUACUGUUUUGUCCAUUGCUUUAACUGAACACAUAAAA